AUGUCUUCCCUGAUUAACUGUGAAUUCUUCACAGAGGAGGCGGUGAAAGAAUUGAAAGAUGGAAAUCCCAAUUUUAAGUUUCCCACUUCCGCCCCUCUUCUCCGUUUUCUGUACGAACUCACUUGGGUUAUGGUUCGAGGGGAGUUACCGUUCCCGAAGUCUAAAGCAGCACUGGAGGCUGUGGAGUUCAAGGAUUGUGGGUUGGAGGAAGAAGUUGGUUCAGUUUUUGCUGAUAUUGUCACCCAAAUGGCGCAAGAUCUUACUAUGCCGGGUGAAUGUCGUCUUCGGCUUAUAAAACUGGCAAAAUGGCUUGUGGAAUCUGCUCUUGUGCCACUAAGAUUUUUCCAGGAACGCUGUGAGGAGGAAUUUUUGUGGGAAUCUGAAAUGAUCAAGAUAAAGGCUGCAGAUUUGAAAUCUAAAGAGGUCAGAGUAAACACUAGACUUCUUUACCAGCAAACAAAGUUCAAUCUCCUUCGAGAGGAGAGCGAGGGAUAUGCUAAACUGGUUACUCUCCUUUGUCAGGUUCCUCAAUCUUCAACAAAUAAUGGAUCAUCUGCCAUAGUGGGCAUUAUUAAGUCGCUGAUUGGACACUUUGAUCUGGAUCCAAACCGUGUCUUUGACAUUGUCUUAGAGUGCUUUGAACUUCAGCCUGAUAACAAUGUUUUCUUGGAGUUGAUUCCAAUGUUUCCCAAGUCUCAUGCCUCGCAAAUUCUUGGCUUUAAGUUCCAAUAUUACCAGCGCAUGGAAAUAACGCAUUCAACACCAGAAGGGCUUUUUCAUCUAACUGCCUUGUUGAUUAAACAGGAUUUAAUCGAUAUUGACAGCAUAUAUUGCCAUUUGCUUCCGAAGGAUGAAGAGGCUUUUGACAGUUAUAAUGCUUUCUCUGCCCGGAGACUUGAUGAGGCUAAUAAAAUUGGAAAGAUAAAUCUUGCUGCCACUGGAAAGGAUCUGAUGGACGACGAUAAACAAGGUGGUGAUGUCACAGUGGAUCUUUUUGCUGCGUUAGACAUGGAAACUGAAGCAAUUGCUGAGCGUUUGUCGGAACUCGAAAACAAUCAGACUUUGGGUUUGCUGAUGGGAUUUCUUGCAGUUGAUGACUGGUAUCAUGCACGGAUAUUAUUUGAGAGACUUUCAAGACUUAACCCAGUGGAGCAUGUUCAAAUUUGUGAUGGUUUGUUCAGGCUUAUUGAGAAGUCCAUCUCUUCAGGUUAUGAGAUAGUCCGUCAAACACAGUUUUUCAGUUAUAAUACCUCCUCUGGUGCUGGUUUUGACACUCUGGAGAGUGCAAAUUUCUCCGCAACUAGGCCCUUUAUUGAUCUUCCCACAGAGCUUUUUGAGAUGCUUGCGUCAGUGGGACCUUAUAUGUACCGAGACACUUUGUUGCUGCAGAAAGUCUGCAGGGUGCUGAGAGGUUAUUAUCUUUCCGCCUUAGAGCUGUCCACCAAUGGUGAUGGUGCUGUCAGCUCUAACAUUGUUCAUGUUGGUGGUAACCGCAAUCCUCGUCUCUACUUAAAGGAUGCUAGGUUACGGAUUGAGGGUGCCCUUGGAGCAUGUCUACUUCCUUCCUUACAGCUGAUACCUGCAAAUCCUGCUGUUGGACAAGAGAUAUGGGAACUUCUGAAUCUUCUGCCUUAUGAGGUGCGAUAUCGCUUAUAUGGUGAAUGGGAGAGAGAUGAAGAGCAACUUCCAAUGAUCUUGGCAGCCAGGCAAACAGCAAAGUUGGACACUCGGAGGAUCUUAAAGCGACUUGCAAAAGAAAACUUAAAGCAGCUUGGAAGAAUGGUUGCAAAAUUGGCUCAUGCCAACCCAAUGACAGUUUUGCGCACUAUAGUUAAUCAGGUCCUGGGUUUUAAUCUAAUACUUUAUUGCUUCUCUAUUUUUUGGAUGGAGUUUUGA